AUGUUAGGUCUCCUUCUCUUCCUGGGUAUGGUGACCCUGGCAAGCGGCCAAAACGCCCCGAAUCCGAUUUCGGAUGUGAAUCAAAGACCCGCUUCGAUGGAGCUCAAGUUCAAAGAGGACAGGAAGCUCGAGCUCGUCCCCCCCGUCCUCAUCUUCACCGCCAUUUGCAUAGGAUCAGCCCUCCUCUGCAUGGCCGUCUUCUUCCGGUACCAACUCUGCUGUGGGCAGAAUCGAAAUGAAUGCCAGCACUGCCACGGCAAGGACAGCUGUACUUGU